CACCUCCACCCGCCGGAAACCCUCCUCCGCCUCCGCCUCCGCCUCCGCUUCUGGGUCUUCUUCGUCGGCCGCGUCCCGCCUCGCGCGGCUGCUGGACUGGGGAGCCGUGAGCGAUGCUGCCUCGCUGCUGCGCCCCACGUGUUCGACGGAAUGCCUCGGCUGCGCAGACUCCAAGAACCGCUAGGAUUAGGCGCUCCCUGGGGUCCCUUUUAGUUCCCCUCUGACGAAUCGUAGCCCUUUUUUCUCGCUUGUCCGGUUGGAUUUUACUGUGGUUUGGUGUGUGGAUUUUCGUUGGGUUGUAGAGUUUAGAGAGAUCGAGAAGUGUGCUGAUUUGGGUUUACUCCGGUAGCGUUUAGGUGGUUGUUGCUGCUUUUAUGGGAGUUCCUGUCGUCCAGAAGUACGAUUCUUGGACUGCGGACCUUCCGAUGACUGAUUGCGGCGGCGGCGAGCGCUGCGACCUCGGCCUCCGGCCUAUUAACGGAGUUCGAGGCGGUGCUAUGGAGCAGCGUGGUGACGGUAUGGAUGGGCCGUCGGUGUCCCCACCGGAGAGAGUCCCCACGCCGUCUUCGGCGAGGUACGCCGGGUGGCGGCGCCUCUCGUCACCUGGUCCUCUCCGAUGCUCAACAAGGAGUGUUGGGUAUGAAGAUGGUGAUGACUCUGAGCGGUAUUUCUCUCCGCACAGUGAGUUUUCUCAGGACACAUCAGAUACAGAUUCGGUGAGCACAAGUAUUAGUAGGAUGUACACCUUCAGAUUGGGGACUUCGAGCCCAAUAGAAAGUCCCGUGAGACGAUUGGGACUAGAAGACACAAGUCCAUCCUCCAGGAGGAGUUGUCACUCUCCUGUCUACCCUUUGAAUUCUGGUCAUGUCUCUGAGGAUGUUGAUUAUUCUAGCUUUGUGGAUUCACCUGUUUGUGAUGAUGAACAACAUAGCAAUGCCUCAAUACCGAUUGAUUUUGAGAGUAACAGGCUCAUUUGGUAUCCGCCCCCACCUCAGGACGAGGGUGAUGACUUUGAAAAUGGUUUUUUUGAAUACAAUGAUGAUGACGACGAUGGCAAUGAUGUUGGUGAUGCGAAUACCUUCACUCGUGUUAACGAUGAUCACGGUGAUUAUGAUGAUUUAUUGGGCAUCAAAGGAAAAAAUAAUAUAUCUCAUAAAGAGUUCCUGAGGAAUGCUUUACAUGGGCAUUUCAGGGCUCUUGUGUCCCAGCUGCUCCAAGGACAUGGAGUUGAUCCUGUGGAUGUAUGGUCAGACAUGGUAUCCUCAUUAGCAUGGCAGGCAGCUACUUUUGUUAGGCCAGAUACAAGUAAAGGUGGUAGCAUGGAUCCUACCGACUAUGUCAAAGUCAAAUGUGUAGCAUCAGGGAAUCCGAAUGAUAGUACUUUCAUUAAAGGUGUAGUUUGUUCUAAGAAUGUAAAGCAUAAACGCAUGGUGUCAAAGCAUGAGAAUCCUAGAUUGCUACUUUUGGGGGGAGCACUGGAACACCAAAAGGUUUCGAACAAACUAGCAUCGAUAAACAGCAUUCUUGAACAGGAAAAGGAAUACCUUAAGAAUGCAGUUGCAAAAAUAGAGGCACAACGACCUCAUGUUGUGCUUGUUGAAAAAAGCGUGCCACUAUAUGCUCAACAGCUUCUUGCAAAAGAUAUCUCUUUAGUUCUGAAUGUCAAGAGAUCACUUCUAGAAAGGAUAUCACGCUGCACAGGUGCUCAAAUUGCUUCAUCCAUUGAAAAUGUUACUUCAGUAAGGCUUGGACAGUGCCAAACAUUCUGGAUUGAACGAGUUUCAGAAUCUUCAUCACCAAAGAAUGCAAACAAGAAGUCUGCCAAGACACUGAUGUUUUUUGAUGGUUGUCCAAGACGGUUGGGCUGCACGAUCCUUCUAAGAGGCCCAUCCUAUGAAGAGUUAAGGAAGGUCAAACUUGCUCUACAGUUUGCACUAUUUGCAGCAUAUCACCUAUCACUUGAGACCUCAUAUCUUGCAGAUGAGGGUGCAACUCUACCAAAGAUCCCUUCAGAUCUUUCAGUUCUUCAACUUGAGAAUCAUGUAGAUGGUGGGAACUGUUCCUCAGGUUACUGUCUUCAGGAUUUUAAUGAUUUUCAGAUUUCUGGUGAGAGAACUUCAGAAAAUGGGUGCAACAAACCGGCAAAUUGCCUUAAUGAUUCUGUAAAACCGCUAUCCACGGAUAAAUCUUUUCUGGAGCCUAACUUAAAUCAGGAAGAGUGCAUUGGUGGCACUAAUGGUUUGUAUCCUCGUUCUCCAAGAUCCUCCCUUGAUAAUGGUUGUAUACCACCUCCAGACAUAACUGUUCAGACAUCCAAAAGUUCACCCACUCAGGUCAGGAAAAGGACACAAAUGGGACCAUGUUUUCAUAGAGUUGAAAGUGACUUGGACAAUGGUUGGCACAAUAUAUCAGAUGAAGAACAUGCAGGAUUAGCCAUACGUGACUAUAAUGAAAACCACGGCGAAUAUUUCCCUACAUCUGAUAAUCCACAAAGCAUUUUAGUAUCCUUGUCAAUUGCAUGUCCUCAGAGAGGGGUUGUAUGCAAGCAAUCGCAGCUCUUUCGCAUAAAGUUCUAUGGUAAUUUUGAUAAGCCACUUGGAAAAUAUUUCCGUGAAGAUUUAUUUAAUCAGAUUUCAUGCUGUGAAUCUUGCAAGGAGCCAGCAGAAUCUCAUGUUCGAUGUUACACCCAUCGACAAGGCAGUCUCACAAUCAGUGUUAGAAAUCUUGCCUCCGUAAGGUUACCUGGCGAGAAUGAUGGGAAGAUAUGGAUGUGGCACAGGUGUCUCAGGUGCAAACCUAAAGAUGGAAUCCCUCCAGCAACUCAAAGAGUAGUUAUGUCUGACGCAGCACGUGGACUUUCUUUUGGCAAGUUUUUGGAACUUAGCUUUUCAAACCACACAACAGCCAAUCGGAUUGCCUGCUGUGGACAUUCCCUUCAGAGGGACUGUCUUCGUUUUUAUGGGUAUGGAAGCAUGGUUGCUGUCUUCCGCUAUUCUCCUGUAGAUAUUCUCUCUGUGAACUUGCCACCUGCAGUAUUGGACUUUACUUAUCCAGUGGCUCAAGAUUGGAUCGUCAAAGAUGUUGCUGAUGUAACCAGCAGGAAGGAGCACCUUUACAAGGAGAUAUUCGACAAACUGGAUUCAAUUGAAAACAUCGUUUUGGCCCAAAACAUGACCAUGAAGACAGGCUUGCAUAAACAUGUUGUUGAUCUUAAGGAUUUGAUUAAAGUUGAGUGGAAGAAGUAUGAUGUAUUGUCAAGGUUUUCUAGCAUAGAAAACCUUCAUACUCUUGAACCAGCUAUAGAUAUUCUAGAGCUCAAUUGCCUGAGGAGAGAGCUUGUAAUCGAUGCACAUAUAUGGGAUCGCAGACUGUACAUGAUGCAAGCACUUACUAAGGAAAACUGUCAUACUGAACCAACUGACAUGCAGUGUCUUGAUAAGCUUCCUGAGUGCUCGGUAGAAAAGUCAAAGGUUGAGAUUCCUGAUACACAGGAGAAUCUGGAGAAUUCACUAAAACUUACUCAAUCAAGUUCGACAGUGGCUACUAAUAGUGUAAAACCAUUACUCAGGGGAGAACGGAUUGACACAACCGUGACACAUUUUGGGUUGAAAACCGACAUUACAGGUGAAGUACCUCUCCAGUCUGCUGAAGGUUGUUCCAGCUCAGUUGUCCCAGGCCCAUCUGAAAGACCAAAUGAUGGGAUACUGACUAAUGAGCUUGAAAAAACACUCGAGAGAACACGGUCUUCUGCAUCCAAUCUUUCUGAUAGAAUUGACUUAGCAUGGACUGGCUCUAGUCAGUUUGCUAAUGACCCAUCAAAAUGUAGCAUGGAGGCACUUCCAGUUAUACCUGCUGCUCUGGUGGAUCAUCCCUCAUACCAGAAAGUCAUGGCACCAAUAAGAAUCAAUUCAUUUGAUUCUGCCAUCAAUUUCAAAAAUAGGUUAUCACCUUCAGAUGACUCAGAUGGAAUAAUUAGAAGAGCUUAUUCUCAAAAGCCUCCAAAGGCUCUUGAGAGAACAGGCCAGGUUUUGUGCCCAACAUUCAAAAAUGAGCUGUCAGUUCCUGAAAUAAUGCAUGGUGAAGGUCGUUUUCUUCUACCUCAAAAUGCCACAGAUGUUGUUGUUCCAAUUUAUGAUGAUGAACCAUCCAGCAUGAUAGCCCAUGCCAUGACUGUUCCUGAUUAUCAUAAAUUUUUGUCGCCAUUGCUGGACCAGCAUAAUGACUUGGCCAAAUUUAGUGCUGGGAAUUCUUUGGAUCAGGAUUCCUCUUCUAGGAGUUCGUUAGAUGUGUCAACGUGGAACUAUAGUUCCGACCAACCUCGAACUGGAAAUAAUGAUUCCAAGGAUAUUCAUUUGACACUUUCUUUUGAGGAUGACGAUUCAAUUUCUGUGGAUAAAGCUAAAUUUUCUGUAACAUGUUAUUUUGCAAAGCAGUUUGAUGCAAUCAGGAGAAAGUGUUGUCCAGAUGAGCUGGACUACAUUCGUUCUUUGAGUCGAUGUAAGAGAUGGAGUGCUCAAGGUGGCAAGAGUAAUGUAUACUUUGCCAAAACACUAGAUGACAGAUUUGUCAUAAAGCAAGUGACACGAACAGAACUAGAUUCAUUUGAGGACUAUGCAGCUGAAUACUUCAAAUAUUUAACAGAAUCUGUAUCUUCAGGAAGCCCCACGUGCCUUGCUAAAGUCCUUGGUCUUUACCAGGUUGUUGCCAGGAACUUGAGAGAUGGAAAGGAACUAAAGUUGGAUGUAAUGGUCAUGGAAAAUCUUUUUUACAAGAAGAAGAUAUCAAGAAUAUAUGACCUGAAAGGCUCUUUGCGUUCCCGCUACAACCCUGAUACAUCAGGAAAUAACAAAGUUCUCUUAGAUCUGAAUUUAUUAGAGACACUUCAUACAAAGCCCAUUUUUCUUGGAAGCAAAGCAAAGCGAAGGUUGGAGCGAGCUGUCUGGAAUGAUACUUCUUUUCUGGCGUCGGUGGAUGUGAUGGAUUACUCACUAUUAGUUGGCAUUGACGAAGAAAGCAAAGAGCUUGUGAUGGGAAUUAUCGACUAUCUUCGUCAGUAUACCUGGGACAAGCAGCUAGAGACUUGGGUGAAGGCGUCAGGAUUUCUGGGUGGCUCCAGAGACGUGCUCCCAACUAUCAUAUCCCCAGAUCAGUACAAGAAGAGGUUCAGGAAGGCCAUGUCGAGGUACUUCUUAACUGUCCCUGACCAAUGGUCAUCUUGAUGUCUUGAUGCCAAGCAUCAGAAGAUGCAUCCGGAUCGAGUGCAAAAUGAAACGAAGGGAGAAGAUGCCGAUUCUUUUAAUAACUUUUUUCUUUGUUUUUGUUAGAAUAGUCGAUCCUAUUGUGCCUCGUGUAUGUUAUUUUUGUCACAACGGGCAGGAUCGAGCUCCCUGGAGAGUGCUGGCACCUAUGGUCAUUCAAUCCAGGCAGCCUAGAGAUCAAUACGUGUAAAUUUCACCACACUAUAACAUGAAUUGUAUAAAGAAUGGGAAAUACGCGAGUUCUUUGCAAUUGCAAA